AUGGCGGAGGAGAAUACGGGAUCAGAACUUGAAUUAUCUACAGCUGAGUAUGACGACCUUUCUGAUGAAGAUCUGCAGGUGCUUGCACAUGAUGGCACGGAGGAUGUGAAAUCAGAACUUAGCAAUUCGAAAACCCAGUCUCAACUCUAUUUGGUCGAAGAUCUCAGUGAGGGUCCAUCUGGUGGUCUUGAAGAUCUCAUGACAUUGGAGAUGGCAAAGGAGAGAAGCCAAGCUUACCUCUGCUGGGCUGAGAUGGCAGAAUCUCGGCUCAAGGAAUCCCCCAGCUCCUGGGUUCGAGGACUUCUCCGGCGUCCGCGUCCCAAGUAGCUGGGAUCAGGGACGCCUGCCACCACCCCCAGCUACCAUCAUUUUAUGAAAGCCUAUUUC